AUGGCCCCUUGUUCGUUCAUGACUGGCAUUUUGCUCGGUGCUCUCCUGCUAGUAACGCCCGGAGAUGCCCUUGUUGGACAGAUUUUAUCUGCCUCUGUAGCUGGUGCACCGCUAUUUGAUAGCGAAAAGUUCCAAUUGACAGAUCUUGACAUUGCGAAGCUCAGCCAACGCCAGUCAGCCCUGGUUAAAUUUGGGUGCGGUGGCACUAACAAGACCACGCGGCCUAUAGGGAAAUGCAAGGUUUUCCCUGGUGACCGCCAAUGGCCAUCGCAGUCUGCAUGGUCGGCCUUGGAUAACCUCCUAGAUGGCGCGCUCAUCAAGACAGUCCCCCUAGCGGCGUCUUGCUAUUCUUCGUGGCCCCAAUACGACAGCGACGAAUGCGAGAGAAUCAGCUCGCAGUGGACAGAUUCUCAUCUACAUGCUGCUGACCCGGCGUCGGCAAUGUGGCCUCUGUUCGAGGGAAGAAGCUGCCUCCCCACUACCAAUGCCUCUGCAUCUUGCACAGUGGGUGGCUACAGUAGCUAUGCUGUGAAUGUGAGCAAUGUGGCCCAAAUCCAGCUUACUGUCAAUUUUGCACGCAACACGGAUAUCCGUCUGGUGGUUAAGAACACCGGCCAUGACUUCAAUGGAAAAUCAACCGGUGCUGGUGCCUUGGGUAUCUGGACCCACAACCUCAAGGACAUUGAAUACUACGAGAAUUAUCGUGGCUGGGGCUACCAGGGUCCAGCUAUCAAGAUUGGGGCAGGUGUGCAGGCCUUUGAGGUCUAUGCAAAGGGCCAGGAACUUGGAUUCACUGCCGUUGGUGGCGAGGGCAAGACUGUGGGUGUUGCCGGUGGCUACGUUCUCGGCGGCGGCCACUCGCCAAUGUCCAGCUUGUACGGCCUAGCUGCUGACCAAGUUUUGGCUCUUGAGGUCGUGCUGGCCAACGGACGCUUCGUCACAGUAACUGAAGAAAGUGAUCCCGAUCUAUUCUGGGCUCUGCGUGGUGGUGGCGGUGGAACAUAUGGAGUCGUCACUUCGCUCAUCUCUCGUGUCUACCCCAAGGUCGGUGUGACUGUCUCGACAUUCAACUUCUCCACUGGCAAGGAUGUCUCUGAGGAGACCUUCUGGGCUGGCAUCCGCUCAUACUUGGGGCGAUUCCCAGCUCACGCCGACGCCGGCGCCUACGCCUACUUUUGGAUAAUGCCGACAGCCCCCAACGCCUUCCCUUUCCUAAUGAACCCAUUUUUCGCCGCCAACCACACCCUGGGUAUUUUAUUACAACCAAACACAACUUACUACGACAACUUUUACGACGGUUGGAUGGCCGGAUUCCCUCUCGAAACAGUCGCCUCAUCGACCAUGAUGACCGGCUCUCGCCUCUUCCCCCGCGCAAAUUGGGACACUCCCACCUCACUGAAUGCGACCUUUGAUGCUCUGCGUGCGACCAUCACUGACGGCUUCGCAUUACUCGGAUUCAAUAUGAAAGCUGAGCUGCAAGAGGGCUUCACCUCGAACUCAGCAAACCCGGCUUGGCGCCAGACGCUGAUGCACGCUAUCACGUCGACCUCCUGGACAAACGCCACCUCCGAUGCUGAUAUCAAGGUCAAGAUGGAUGACCUCACUAGAGCUGUCGGCAAGUGGCGCGCUGUCUGUCCCGGCUCCGGCGCGUACAUGUCCGAGUCGGAUAUCCAAGAGCCACACUUCCAGCAGGCUUUCUACGAUACCAACUACGACCGCUUGUAUAAACUUAAGCAGCGGUAUGACCCGACUGCUUUGUUCUAUGCGCCUACUGGUGUUGGUAGUGAGGAUUGGUUUGUGAAGAGCCUCGAUGGUCUUCCGGAUCAGAACGGUCGGUUGUGUCGCGUUUAA